AUGUCUGAACGUAAAGGUACUAAAGCUCUGGAAUUAUGGUGUAAGCGUUUAGUUAAAGACUGUCCUGAAGUGCAAAUAGAUAAUAUGACAACAUCAUGGAGAAAUGGAAUGGCAUUUUGUGCAUUAGUACAUCAUUUCAGGCCAGAUUUGAUUGAUAUGUCCAAAUUGAAUGCAGAAAAUAUUUAUGAAAAUAACCAAUUAGCAUACAGUGUUGCUGAAAAACACCUUGGCAUACCGUCAUUACUAGAUCCUGAGGAUAUGGUAGAGAAUGAUGUGCCGGACCGUUUGUCAAUAUUAACAUACUUGUCACAAUUUUAUCAACGAUUAGGACACAAAGUUAAUACCAAAGUAUCAGAAACUGAAUCUAAACUGUUAGCCCCGGCAUCAACAACUGAAUCACCCGCACCUAUAAGAUUUGGUAAAACUGGUCUGGACAAAUGUGCAGCAUGUGGCCUACCGGUGUACCUUGCUCAACGCCUCCUAGUAUCACAUAAACUUUAUCACAGAAGGUGUUUCCGUUGUUCUAAAUGUUCUGGACAUAUAAGCCCUAAGAAUUUUGAUGUAGUUGAUGGAUCUGAAUUCACCUGUGAUAGUUGUAAAAACGAAAAGACUUUGUCAAAAUAUCUUAACAAUAAUGAUCAUGAUCAAAUGGGGAUGCUGGCGUUUACCGAUAACGUGCGUGAAACACAGUCAGUGACAAAUAAGGAGUCAGCUAGCCCUAAACAUAAACCAAGACCGAAAUCAAUAUUAGACAAAAUAAAUAUGUUUGAAAAAAAUAUAGAAAAAGAUAGCAUUAACGCACACAAAAUUUCCAAUCUCACAUUAAAAGACAAUUCUUUCAAUAAUCACGAAGAACUUAGCAGCACAAGCCUAUCUAAGACUGAAACAGACUCGAAAGAGAUACUUAUAGGUGUAAAUAUGAAAACGGAUGCUCCUGAGAAAGUCUAUAAAAGUAAUAUAAACAAAUACAAUUUCUUACAAACGCAAUUAUGUGAAGAUACUAAGCAAGAAGUAAAUUCUUUAGAAAAUAAAGAAACAAAAAUUAAAGACUGUGUAAAUACUAUUGAUAAUAAUAUUAGUAAUGUAGAAGAACAUAAUUGCACGAGUAAAAGUGACAAAACCGAAAUUAGUAAUGUAACAGAUGACAACAGAAUAGCGAAUAGCGUCUCUGAAAACAUUGAGCUUCCUCCUUUAUUAGAACCACAAAUAACAGAACCAAAUGAACAGGAAGCAACUAUAUGCGUUCCUCCCAGAAGAAAAAAACAGAAUGCCAUAGAUAAAGCAUUAGCAUCAGCCAUUGCAAAAGAAAAAGAGUCCAACAUAAGCACUCAAGUUGACUAUCCAGAUCAUUUAAACCCGUUUUCAGACGACGAAGAUGGGAGUGUUGAGGCACAGGCAUCUCCCAAGAAAAUGAGCACAAAUCCAUUUGGCAGCAGCGAUGAGGAAGAUGAUGAGGUACCGCCAAUACAAUCCGCUACAAAGCUGCCGACUAUAGCAGUAACACCUGUGAAACGUCUCAUCGCUGUAAAUCCUUUCUGGUCUGACGGAGAGGAACCCUCGUCUGAUGAAGAAGACGUACAAAAUAAGAGCUCAAUGUAUAGGUCCUCAAAGGCAACAAGUACACCCAAUCUACCGGAAAGCAUAACUCGACGAAAAAAGUCAAAAGCGCCUCCUCCACCGCCUGUAAUGAUAGAGUCGUCAAGACUACACCCUUCCACUUCGAUGGAUGACGUCGCAAGCAUAUCAUCAUUCAGUUCGUUCAACUCUACUCUUAAUUCUGAUCAUAAGUCAAUUGGCAAGUCGACUCCUACACUAAAAAAGAAACGACCUGCUCCUACUCCUCCCGACAGCCUGUCAACAACUUCAAUUGGAGGAGAUUCACUAGAAAAAGGAAUCAACUCGUUAGGAUCUAAAAGCAUUACUUCAGAUGGUGGUCGUCGAACAAAAGGUCCAGCGCCUGGAUUGCCACUCCCCGAGCGAAGAGAAGUUAAACUCCAAAUGUCUCCUGAAGACUUGCAAGUACAACUGGACAUGCUCGAGACGCAACAGCUCGGUCUCGAACGUCAAGGAGUUCUCAUCGAAAGAAUGAUUCGCGACAAGUGUGAGGGCGAUGAAGCAGAUACUGUACCGCAGGCAGAAGUCGAAGAUUUAGUCAUUCAACUUUGUGAACUAGUCAAUGAGAAAAAUGAUCUGUUCAGGAAACAAACCGAGUUGAUGUAUAUACGCCGACAACAGAGGCUGGAACAGGAACAAGCUGACAUUGAACAUGAAAUACGUAUCAUACAAUCGCGACCUGCUGUCAACCGCAUCGAUGCUGACAAGGCUCGUGAAGAAAAACUGGUAAUGCGUCUCGUAGAAAUUGUCCGAAUGCGAGAUGAGCUCGUCCAACAAAUUGAUGCAGAACGACGCCGAGAACGACAAGAAGACCUCGCUAUUGCUGCAUCCAUAGCCAGUAAGAGAGCUCAAAGAAACAGUGAAUCAAAUAGUUCAUCUAUGAAAUCAGUAGAAGUACUUCCAACACCAAAAAAGAACAAGGUAAAAGACAAAGUUAAAAAACAACUCAAGAAAGCCAAACAUACGUUGAUUGCAAAGAAGAAAGAUGACACGAGUGACCGCAAAGAAGAUAAACAGACAUCAAAAACAGAGAAGGACAAAAAAGUAAAAUAG